UCCAUCAUCCCUUCCUGGGGGGCUACAAGGAGGGAUGUGGGGUAUCCUCAGGGCCAUCUCUCAAGGUGUUUCUAGGUGUUUGCUGCUUAUUUUUGGCUCCUGGGACAAAUGUCACCUGCUCUGACCUCUGUCCUGGGCCAAGCUUUACGCCGCUUUCCUCGGACAAAUUUUAAACCAAAUUUUCCCCAGCACCGCGGUUUAGGGAUCCAGCUCACCAAGCCCUGAGUGAAAAUCUGGAUUUUGCGCUUUCUCAACCCAAACUGAUCCUUUCCCUCCCCUCAGCUGGCGCUGGGGAUUUUGGCACCUCCCGGUGUCACCUUGUUGACUCAGCGCGGCCCCAGCCGGUUCCUGGGACAGGUUUGGCCGGGACUGGGAGUGCCUGGAUGGGGACGGCGGGGCCUGACCUUGGCUGGUGACGGCUGGAGCCUGCCCAGGGCCCUGGGAAAAGGGACAGCUGGAGGGGCCGGGCUGGGGCCGCCAUCCCAUGGGAUUUAAGAGGCUCCAGGGCGCUGUUGGGAUGUGAGACCGGCUGUCCCCGCUGACCAUGAGGCUCCCCGUGCUCCUGGCUGCCCUGGUGGCAGUGGCCGCCUGCACCGAGACCUUUGUUGGGCACCAGGUGCUGCGCGUCGUUCCCCAGAGCGAUGAGGAGCUGCAGAAGGUGCAGGAGCUGCAGGAGCUGGAGCAUCUGCAGCUGGAUUUCUGGCUGUCUCCCCGCGGGCUCGGACUUCCCGUGGACGUCCGCGUGCCCUUCCCCAGCCUGCAGGCGGUCAAAGCCCACCUGGAGGCCGCUGGGGUCUCCUAUUCCAUCAUGAUCGAGGAUGUGCAGGCCCUGCUGGAUGAAGAGCAGACGGAGAUGCUCCGCAGCAGCCGCGUGCUGGCCCUCAGCACCGACACCUUCAACUACGAGGCCUACCACACCAUAGAUGAGAUCUACAACUUCAUGGACAUGCUGGUGGCCGAGAACCCCAACCUGGUGAGCAAGCUGGAGAUCGGCCGCUCGACCGAGAACCGUCCCCUCUACGUGCUCAAGUUCAGCACGGGGGGCACGAACCGCCCGGCCGUCUGGAUCGACACCGGCAUCCACUCCCGCGAGUGGGUCACCCAGGCCAGCGGAGUCUGGUUUGCCAAGAAGAUUGUCCAGGAUCACGCGAAUAACGAAGGUGUGGCCUCCAUCCUGGAGACGAUGGACAUCUUCCUGGAGAUCGUCACCAACCCAGACGGCUUUGCCUUCACCCACACCACGAACCGCAUGUGGCGCAAGACCAGGUCCAAGCACUCGGGCUCCAUCUGUGUCGGAGUGGACCCCAACCGCAACUGGGACGCGGGUUUUGGAGGGGCCGGAGCCAGCGGAAACCCCUGCACGGAGACGUACCACGGACCCUACCCCAACUCGGAGCCCGAGGUGAAAUCCAUCGUGGACUUUGUCAAGAGCCACGGCAACAUCAAGGCUUUCGUCUCCAUCCACAGCUAUUCCCAGCUCCUGCUCUAUCCCUACGGCUACACCAAGACCCCGGUGCCGGACCAGCAGGAACUGCACGAGCUUUCUGCCAAGGCCGUGGCAGCUCUGUCCUCCCUGCACGGCACCAAGUACAAGUACGGCAGCAUCAUCACCACCAUCUACCAAGCAAGUGGAGGAACCAUCGACUGGACCUACAACCAGGGGAUUAAAUAUUCCUUCACCUUCGAGCUGCGGGACACGGGGCGUUACGGAUUCCUGCUUCCCGCCAAGCAGAUCGUUCCCACCGCCGAGGAGACCUGGCUGGCGCUGAAGGUCAUCAUGGAGCACGCCCGGGACAACAUGUACUGAGCUGGGAUCGGGGCUGGAGCAGCUGGAGAGGAGGAAGAAGGCAAUCAAGAGAUAAAU